AUGGUCUCCGAGAAGCCUAGACAACAAGAUGAAGGGCCAUUCACCGUCGCAUCAAGUGGCGUUCACUCGCGCAAGACGUUGGUAGAAUACUGUACAAAUGAAUGGCAGACGCCGUCUGCUAACGGUGCCGACUCUGAGUUGUGGUAUGACAAGUACCUAGACCGGCUCGAUGAGUACUACGAUGCUUGCCUGGCCGUCGCCAAAGCGCCAAAGUUUCGCCGCUUAGUCCUAUCUGCCCUGACCGCAGCUCUCUUCACAUGGCUGUUGUGGACAAGGGUUUUAUGGCCCUGGCUUGAGGAAGAGCGCGCCGCAUGGGACACAUUCCAUACAUUCUCUGAAAGUACAUCUCAACCGUUGUUUGGCACGAAUUCCAGACCUCACCUUGGGGGGCUGAUACAGACGAAAGACCUGGACUCGUCUUUGCUGCCUGGAGCACCCAAUGCCGACAAAUCGAGGCGCCUUAUCUUCAUUGGAGAUAUUCAUGGCUGCAAAAAGGAGUUGCUCGAGCUUCUACACAAGGUCAAGUUCAACGAAGCGACAGACCAUAUCAUAUCCGUUGGCGAUAUUGUCACCAAAGGUCCUGACUCGCUGGGUGUCAUCGAUAUUUUGCGGGAGAGAAAGGCGUCGGUUGUGCGAGGCAAUCAUGAUGAUCGUGUCAUCCUGUUGGCCGAACGCAAACGCCGACAUGCUCGCGGCGAAGGUGUAGAGGACGCAGACUCGGUGGGCAUCGAGACUCGCGGCAAGGGCAAAUUAAAACACAAAUCCGCCGACGCUGUUGCAGGCGCCUUGAGCGACGAACAACUCCAAUACCUAAAGUCCUUUCCCCUCAUCCUCAAAGUUGGAUCCAUCAAGGGCAUUGGCGAAAUGGUUGCUGUCCAUGGCGGUCUUGUGCCUGGCAUUCCACUGGAAUCACAAGACCCUGUAUCAGUUAUGAACAUGCGGUCCAUUGAUCUGAAGACGCAUGUCCCGUCGAAGCUCCACCAUGACAAGCACAAAGGCAGCAAACCUUGGUUCAAGAUUUGGGGGAAAUACCAGAGGCUAUUACCGGCCAUGGAAAAGUGGUCAGCGCCGAAGACAGGAAAGCCGGGCAAGGGAACUGGCCAACUCACCAUCAUUUACGGGCACGAUGCUCGUAUGGGGCUCCAGAUUUCACGCUUUUCCAAGGGCCUGGACACGAACUGCGCCAGAGCCGGCCAAUUGACGGCACUUGUGGUGCAUGAGACCGGCAAGGAGGAGCUUGUACAGCAGCAGUGUUACAAGGACUACACAAGCCUUGGCGACGAAGAGUAA